UGUAAAAUGGCUCCCAUGGUUGGGAAAGACAUUAGCGAGCGUCUUAUCCUCCCUAGGUUUUGCGAGAUGUGCUGUGAUUGCAGAAUGUUUCACGUUCGAAAGGUCUGUGCUGCCAAUUUUGGGGAUAUUUGCAGUGUAGUUGGCCAGCAAGCUACUGAGGAAAUGUUGUUGCCCAGGUUUUUCCAGCUUUGUUCUGACAAUGUAUGGGGAGUGCGGAAGGCUUGUGCUGAAUGCUUUAUGGCAGUUUCAUGUGCAACAUGUCAAGAAAUUCGACGGACUAAAUUGUCAGCACUAUUUAUUAAUUUGAUCAGUGAUCCCUCACGUUGGGUUCGCCAAGCAGCUUUUCAGUCUCUGGGACCUUUCAUAUCUACUUUUGCUAAUCCAUCUAGCUCAGGCCAGUAUUUUAAAGAAGAAAGCAAAAGUUCCGAAGAUGACUCAUCAAUAGAAGGCAAAAAUAGGACCAGUGAUGGAGAAGAUAACCCUAAGGAUGCACAGACUCAACCAGAGAUGGCAUCUUCACAUCUCAGUGUUGGCAAUUCCAGUGUCAAACUGGCAAGCACAGUGGAGAAGCAUGCUGAACGCACUAGUAGGUCUCCAGGUGAAAUAAGUGUUCCAGUGGACAGCAGCUUACUUUGUACUUUAUCAUCAGAACCUCAUCAGAAUGCAGCUAUUAAUGGGAAUGAUAAAAAAUCUAGUAACUACAAAUCUGUACUGCUGCCAGGUGUGAGCACUAGCUCACAAGAUUUCAUUCUCUCGGACCAGGAAUUAUACAACUCUUUCCAUUUCUGGAGGACUCCUCUUCCUGAGAUCGAUAUAGAUAUAGAACUUGAACAGGACUCUAUGGAGAAACUCAUCCCAGAGAGACCAGAAGAAACUCCUGAAGUUACUAUGCCAUGUUCUCCAAAUACUACCAUGGCCACCAGAAAGGAACUUGAGGAAAUGAUAGAAAAUCUAGAGCCCCAUAUUGAUGAUCCAGAUGUUAAAGCACAAGUGGAAGUGUUGUCUGCAGCACUACACGCCUCUUGUCUGGAUGCUCACGAAGAGACCAUCAGUAUAGAGAAAAUAAAUGAUCUUCAAGAUGAACUGGGUGUAAAAGAGCUACCAAAUGUUAAAAUAAAGCAAGAUGAUUCUGUGCCCUUAAUCAGCGAUGCUGUCGAGAAUAUGGACUCUAGUCUUCACUAUAUUCAUAAUGAUUCAGACCUGAGCACCAAUAGUAGUUUUAGCCCUGAUGAGGAAAGGAAAUCUAAAGUACAAGAUGUUGUACCUCAGGCUUUACUAGAUCAAUAUUUAUCUAUGACUGAUCCAUCUCGUGCACAGACGGUUGACACUGAAAUUGCUAAGCACUGUGCAUAUAGCCUUCCUGGUGUGGCCCUCACCCUGGGCCGGCAGAAUUGGCACUGCCUGAGAGAAACUUAUGAGACCCUAGCAUCAGACAUGCAGUGGAAAGUUCGAAGAACUUUAGCAUUCUCCAUCCACGAGCUUGCAGUUAUUCUUGGAGAUCAACUGACUGCUGCAGAUCUAGUUCCAAUUUUUAAUGGAUUUUUAAAAGACCUCGAUGAAGUUAGGAUAGGUGUUCUGAAACAUUUGCAUGAUUUUCUGAAGCUUCUUAAUAUUGACAGAAGAAGAGAAUACCUGUAUCAACUUCAGGAGUUUUUGGUGACCGAUAAUAGUAGAAAUUGGCGCUUUAGAGCUGAACUGGCUGAACAGCUGAUUUUACUUCUGGAACUAUACAGCCCCAGAGAUGUGUAUGACUAUUUACGUCCCAUUGCGCUGAAUCUCUGUGCAGAUAAAGUUUCUUCUGUUCGUUGGAUUUCCUACAAGUUGGUUAGUGAGAUGGUGAAGAAACUGUACAUGGCGACACCCCCAACAUUUGGAGUUGACCUCAUAAAUGAGCUGGUAGAAAAUUUUGGUCGGUGUCCUAAAUGGUCUGGUCGGCAAGCCUUUGUCUUUGUCUGUCAGACUGUCAUUGAAGAUGAUUGUCUUCCAAUGGACCAUUUUGCUAUACAUCUGAUGCCACAUUUGCUCACCUUAGCAAAUGACAGAGUUCCAAAUGUCAGAGUACUUCUUGCAAAAACAUUGCGACAAAGUCUACUAGAAAAAGAAUAUUUCUUAAAUUCUGCCAGCUGUCAUCAGGAAGCUGUGGAGCAAACAAUCAUGGCUCUUCAAAUGGACCGUGACAGUGAUGUGAAAUACUUUGCAAGCAUUCACCCUGCCAGCACAAAAAUUGCUGAUGAUGCCAUGAGCACAGCCUCUUCCACUUACUAAAAAGCUUGAAUCUGUCUUUCCUGCCUACUAGAGAGCUGAAGUGCUUCUGAUGGAUAAUCUGGGACAGUCAUUUGUGAAGGAGGAAAGACUUUCCUCUCUUGCCAGACUUAAUUGGAGGUGAAAGUCACAUGUACCUGAUACCAGGGAUUUUAAGAGUCAAGAGAAAGUACAGCAAACACUAUUAUCUCAUCUUGACUUUAGGGAAAAUAAGUUCUCAGAGGAUUAUAAUUAUCACCGAAGCCUUAAAUCCUUCUGUCUUCCUGACUGAAUGAAACUUGAAUUGGCAGAACUUUUCAUUAUGGAAGGGACAAGAUCCCCAGAGAUCUUCAUUGCUGGCUUUAUCUAA